AUGUUCCCAUAUACCGAUUCGAGGUUACUGUGGACCUAUUUGGUAAAACGCCAGAUCGUACCGUAUGGGGUGACGAUAGCCUAUAUGAUCGUCGCCUUCCAUUCACAAUAUUCCGACCGCUACGAGAGGACUUGGUUUAAGGUUACGGCGGGUCUCGCCAACUUGGUGGGACAGUUUGUCAUGACCUUUCCCAUGACGACCUGGUGCGCAUGGGAGGCCAAACAGACGAUGCGUGUGCCAGCACUCAGCGCCGAUAUUCGAGACGCCAUCGCAGGUUAUCAUAGCUCUUCAACGGGCGGUACCGUCGCCUUUCACAAGAUCCUCGAGACGUCAAAAAUCAGCCGCCACAUGAGAAGUCAAGUUUCUAAUAUGAACUCCGAUCUUCAUACAGUCAAACGAGUUUUACUUGACGGCUUACCAUCCCACGUCCACGGCGAGGAGCAACAUCCGACUAAUGCUCGGGCGCCUAAAAUGGUAAUUUGGAUGAUGUCGUUCUGCGUAUUCUUGUUCAACUGUUUUUGUUAUGCCACCACUUCGUUCCUCCUCGUCAAGGUUGCAGCAACAUCAGUCUUCGUCCUACUGGUCCAAGGCGACGUAGCUCGCAAAGACCACCAGUCACUUGAAGAUAUGCUCAACAUCUCAAAUCAAAUCUUUACCUCCGGAAAUAUUCUGACGCUUCCGUUUGUUGGAAUCCCAGUGUUGAUCGCUCUCAGAGUUUUUCACUACCGUUUGAUGAAAAAUCUGUGGCCAUUUUGGGUUCUCAAUUAG